AUGAUUGUCAACUUUGCUCUUUCUUUUAUUUUUGCUUCUUUAGCUCUCGCUUCUCCUUUGACAUCUUCCAAUCCGUUAGGACUCGGAGGUCAGUUCGAUGUAUUUGCAAGGAAUGUGGCUAUCUCGUCUGGAUGUUCCACCACGGGCACGGCAUCUUGCCACAACACAUCCGCCGUUUCCAAUACAUGCUGCUUUGAAGCUCCCGGAUUCUGGGAUACGGAUCCUUCAACAGGUCCUAGUAAUAGUUGGACUAUCCAUGGUAUAUCUGUCUGCGACGGGACCUUCUCCGAGAAUUGUGAUCCCUCUAGGGACCAGUCCGCAAUCACCUCGCUGCUCGAAUCUGCCGGCGCUACUUCAACGCUUUCUUUCAUGCAAACGUACUGGAAAAAUGAUCCAGAUGAUGGCAGCGAUGAAGAGCUUUGGUCGCACGAAUGGGAUACGCAUGGCACAUGCUAUAGUACCUUAGAGCCGUCAUGUCUUCCUAGUGGAAGCCCUUCUGGUACAGACGCUGUGGCAUUUUACGAAACUGUUGUUCGGUUAUUCCAGACACUGCCUACAUACACAUGGCUGGCCAAUCAAGGCAUCACACCAUCUUCUUCGACUACGCAUACACUUACGUCGCUGGAGAAUGCGCUCGCGGCGGAGGCUGGAGUCACGCCUAUGCUAACGUGUGAUGGUAGCAACUUGAAUGAGAUUGCGUGGUAUUUCAACUUGAAAGGAUCAAUUAUUGAUGGGACAUUUGUACCUAUUGAUUCGCCGGAAGACAGUGACUGUCCUUCAAGCGGGAUCAAGUAUCCUUUAAAAACAGGGUCUCCGGUUUCCACUACUUCUGUUAGUAGCACGACUACGACUACGACUACGGUAUGUUCUCAACGCGCCACAACACCCGGUCCAUUACCUACGAAAGCAAUGAUUGUGGCAAUUCACAACGGCGCCCAGGUUGGAGGAUUACUGACCCUCGGAACAUGGUCGACGCAGACUUUGGCUACCAUGACUCUCGCUGGAUCAACUUCAAGUUUCACCAUGACUUCAUCUAAGGGUAGCUGUGGCGUUAGCGGCGGAGAGUUAACUUGUGGAAGUGGUGUUUCCGCUACUUCCUUCACUGCUAUAUCCUCAGGUGGAAGCUUACUUCUCGCAUCUGGCGGAUCUACAGCGUUCUCAAGUAGCGCGGUGCCCAGUGGUGAGACUGUGGAAACCGUGUUUACGGGCUCCGGCAAAGCUCAGACGUACACGCUUGCGAUCGUGUCAACUUGA